CUUUCCAUGGUGUUUCUCUAAAAGCAUUUCAACCGUUAGAUGAUAAUAGAUCUAAAGGUUAACCAUUUACUAAAGAAAUUUAUGCUUUCUUUCAAGUAUUCGCUUAACCUUUAAGGAAGUGUGUAAAAAUUUAAGUUUUUUGUGUGUCCUCCAAUCCUGAUAUAUACAUAUUUUUGUCUUUCCAUGGUGCAUGCACGCCAAAGAUGUCAGAAAAGUUGAAGGGCAAAGUUGAAUGUUCUGGUAACAGUAGUAGUGAAGCCAAAGAAUGUGGCCUCCCUUUGGAGAAACUGAACCUUGGUCCAAGAAAGAAGCUUCUUGUUCUUAGCCUUGGCGGGUUGCUUUGUCAUAGGGUACACCGCUACGGAAGAGCCAAUAUACCACGCUUUCGCUAUGUUGAUGCAUCAUAUGGAAGCUUUUUGUUUUUCUUCCAACUUGUUAGCAAAUUAGAAUUUUGUUCCUCACUGAAAAUCUGUUCUUUUUUUUUUCUUUUUCUUUUUUGGCUCUUCUCUUGCACAGUUUACAAAAGGCCACACUCUGAAGAUUUUAUGAAAUUCUGUUUAGAAAGAUUUGAUGUUGGAAUAUGUUCUUCUGCAAAGGAAUGGUAUUUGGACAAUGCCUUGGAUUGUGUGAUGAAAGGACUGAGGAGUAAACUGGUAUUUGCUUGGGAUCAAGUUAAAUGCACUGAUUCUGGGUUCAAGACCUUGGAGAAGAGAGACAAGCCUCUCUUUCUGAAGGACUUGAAGAAAGUAUGGGAAGCCUCACACAGCUAUCUGUCCUGCUGAAUACAAGGUUGACCAAGUUGAUGACAUGGCUUUAGGUCCCAUGGGUGUAUUUGGAUGGACUGGCAGAUGCAGAUGUUCCUUCUUACAUCCUCUUUACACCUCCGGAGGGUGUAAAUACGUUUUUUGCUCCAAUGAAAAACGAUGUAAAUCUAAAGAUGUAAAUACUUUUCUCCAUUUUUCCUUUACUUUUCUCAGCUGGGUCUCACCUGCAAGAGAUGUAAAAAAAGAUGUACAAUCAAUUGCAUCUAAAUUUACAUCUCAUGGUGAUGAUGUAAUUAUACAUUCAUUUACACCCUCCCAUUGCGGGUGAUUCCAAUCACAACAGGUGUAUAUUUAACAUACACUUCAUUAUACACUGCAGUAACUACUGCCCAUUUUGAUUAGGGUUACUAUUAAAAGAUUAUCAGUCGUUUUCAGAAGGUUGAGCAGCUGCCAAAAAAAAA